UGACCUUCACCUAUCAAAUCAAUCUAACCUAGAAGAACUUUGAACUUUUGAACCAAAUAAUUUUUAGGGCUUCUGUCCAUUUAAUGCAUUGUCAUAUUUAUUCGUAAUGAUGCUCAAGGGUUUUAUUUCGGAUAAUUACUUAAGGCAUUCGUACCCAAUCUUCACAAGAAAACUGUCCUAUAUACAGGGUCAAGAGCCUGAACGUCAUGUGAGAGAAUACUUUUAUUAUAUAGAUCAUCAAGGGAUGUUAUUUUUAGACGAUUCCAAAAUGAAAAAUUUCACAUCUUGCAUCAAAGAGAAAAAAUUUCUGCGUUUUUUUUUCAACCAACUGAAACAAAAUGAUACGAAUAGAUACACAGAAUUUCCUUACCUGUCAAAGUGUGGGAAAGAAAGAAAUUUCGUCAGGUGUGACGACUGCCCCUUUGUUUUCACCCAUAUUUUAAAAAUGGAACUAUCGAACAGUCAACCUGAAAUGCAUUUAGCCUAUAACCAUGCAAAUUCUUUAUUGACAUUGAAAUUCCAGCCAGAUAAAGUUAUAAUGCUACCUGAAACUGGAAGAGUUUACCACCCAGCUCCAGAUAGAGUAGGUUCAGUUGGGUUGAUACAAUCAAAAUUAGCUAUCAUGUUAAGUGAGUACUUUCAUUUUGGCAAAGGUGAGAAUAAUCCUCCCACAAUGUUUACAUUUAUGGGAAAGACAUAUGUGUUGGAUAAUACAUGGUAUCAAAACAAGCAUAUCUCAUAGUUUAAGUAAAAGUAAAUGGGGUGUGGAAUUGAUAAAGCAAAAUAUUUAGUAGUAUGUUUUACAAAUCUAUUAUUCCAUACUCACUAUAGUUUCUACCUUAUAAUUGUUAUUUUAGUAAGAAAGUAAAUUAAAUCUGCAUUCAUGUGA